UCUCAAGUGGGUUUGUUGUUGUCGCAUCGAGUUCCCGUACCCUCGAGCUCUCCACGUAUAGCGGUCCUUCCGUGUGUAUUCCGAGUGCGAGAGGCUACGAGCGAAUGUACGGCUGGUGCGUGUAGGCGUUAGUAAACGACGUCAAGAGAGACUACUGAACGAACGCGUGUUGCGACGCGAAGCGGACAACGAGAGUUAAAUAGUUGAGACAACGUCGUCAGAUGGGACAACGUGUCUUACCGUCGUCCUCGCAAUCUCGGAAUAUAUAAUCCGGGGAAUAACAUUAAGUAAGUAUUUGGAACAGUGUCAAAAACCGCGACGCGUGCUCUUUCGAGGAAAACGUUUGUUGUCCACGGCGGUGACGGCGUGACGACGAUAAAUACUCACCGGAAAGUACUCUCCUCAUCUCCUACCGGCUCGUCUCGGACGACGUAGUACGCGCUACGACGGCCGAAGGAGAGGGAGAUAUAUAACUAAGUAGAACCGAGACGCGCGCGCGGACACAAGGACGUUUUCUACGUAUACGUAGACAAACGGACGCGGACGUACAGGUGGUCGCGCGGUGAAGUCGCGAAAGAGGAUUCCCAUCUGUGAUGUGUGAGUGAGCGAUGGAGUCCCCAGUCAUGUACGAUUCGGCGGCCCAUCAGGCCCAGGCCCAGGGUACGGCUGAUUUGAAGAAGUCCCAGGUGCUCAACAACAAUACCAGCAAUCAGAACAAUAACGCCGCGGCGAAUAACAACAAUUCCGCGCUGCAGAUCAACCACAAUCACAACCAUCAGCAACAAAAUAGCGCGGUGGUGAAGCAGGUCUCCGGCAGCAAGGCGAGCUUACAUCAGCAAUACGCCGAGCAUUGCGCCGCUGCUGGCGAGCUUACUGAUCUCAAUGCUCCAGAAAUUUCGCUGGAUCUUCAGAAUUUGAUCGAUGAUAACCAAUUCAGCGAUAAUAUACUGGAUAUGCUCGGUCCCAAUAACAACGCUAUGAAACACGUCAGGACGGGCGGUUAUCCCCGCACGACGCUCGCUUACAUGCCGCAACCGGUGCAUAGCGGAGCGACCUAUCACCAGAGCAGCAAUAGCUGCAGCGACAGCAACAGCUCGAGUUCGGAGUCGCCUAGCAUCAAGGAAGAACCGUUGGACCCAGCGGACUACAGACGCCACUGCCCUCAGUAUCCACCCACCGGUUACAGCCCGGUGACGACGAACAACCCGUUCGCCAAUGGUGGCCAGACCUUCACCACCUUGACGCCGUCCACGAUACCGGGCGGUCAUCCAGGUGCGCCGGUUCAUCAGGCGCCACCGCGGGGUGGCCCCAUGAAGGGGCCGGUAAUGGCCCAUCAGCAUCACCCUACCGCGAACGUCGCCAGAAAACAAACCAAGGCUAUCGACAAGGCAAGUGACGAGUACAGGCGACGGCGGGAGAGAAAUAACAUCGCCGUGAGGAAGAGCCGCGAGAAGGCGAAGGUACGAUCGCGUGAAACCGAGGAGAAGGUCAAGCUGCUGGUGAAAGAUAACGAUUUGCUGAAGAAACGGAUCGAGCUGCUCAACGAGGAGCUCAAUGUACUCAGGUCGCUCUUCAGCUCCGUUGGCGUGGUGCCCGAGCAGUUGCACCGCGAGAUCUCCAGGCAUCUCGAUCAGUUUCAGCAGCAUGCGGUUGGACCUAUGUAGCAGCAGCAGCAGCAACAGUGCACGGACAUUGCCACGCAAUUCGAGAUGACAUCGUCUUCCGACGACAUCGUCGUUGACUCGCGUCCUUGGGCCAUCAGGCUGCUCCGAUUGUGAAAUGAAGUCAGUCGCAUCUUCCGCUUCCUCCUGCUUCUCCCCCACAGUAUCGCGCACAUCUCCGAAGAGAAAUCGUCCCUCGUUCUCCAUCCCUCCCUCCCGUUUGCUCAUCUAUCUUUUUCCUUCUCCUUUCAUCUUCUACGUCGUCCUUUAUAAUCUCACUCGGCUCAGAGUGCUCGAUGCGAACACACGUGCAUGCGUGCGUGCGUCGUCGUCGUUUGCGUUGAGAUCCGCGAAGACGCGAACGUGGAGGAAGAAAGAGGGGGGGGGGGGGAUUGGCGAGUCGCGAAGGAGGACGAACGCGAAGAGCAAGCUAUUCUAUACUUUUGAUGACUGAAAAAACCGCGGUCGGCGUGGUUCAUGCAAGAACUUCGCAUUUUGUUAGAAGUGGCUUUGCUCGCGGGACGUGCAUCCCUUCGCUUCAGAGUGCCGUUCGGACACUGAGAAAGCGAAAGGGAGGCGAAUACCAAUAAAUAAAAGAGUAAAUCGUGAAGAAUCAAUCGCGUGAACCGCUAUAGCGAGCCGUCGUAUUGCGAUAUCUCUCCAGGCGUAGACGCCUUAGAGUCAACG